AAUUCCCUGACCAGACGGGUCUCUUAGCUCCCUCUCUUUGUCCCCACGGGAAGAGAGACCAUGGAACCACCCUAUCGGGCUGGGUCCAUCCUCAUGAAGGUGAACACUUUACAAGGGAAGAAGAUGGUGGAGAGCGGCCUCCAGUCCGGAGACUUUUCCCUCCCUCAGUCGUGGCCUUCCUGCUUCCCGCCGCCAGCGGACCUGGAGAUCCUGCAGCAGAAGGUGGCCGGGGUGCAGCGGGAGCUGGCGGACUUCAAGAAGGAGGCGCUGCAGGCCAUCCGUGACCUGGAGGUCGCCUUCUGCGAGCUGAACGGGGCGCUGGCGCAGCAGGAGGAGCAGGCGGCCCGCGUGAAGCAGCGGCUCAGGGAGGAGGAGGACCGCGGCGUUGUGCGGAAUAAGGUCCUCACCUUCCUGCUGCCCCGCGAGAAGCAGCUCCGGGAGCACUGCAGGCGGCUGGAGCGCAUGCUGCUGGGCUCCAACCGCGACGCGCUGGCCAGUCCCAGGAAGAUCCAGGCAAACUGAGGUCUCCUUGCGGCCGAGCGGCCGAGUGGAAGAUUUUUUUUUUUCUUUUUUUUUUUUUAAUGGAGGGGCCAACCUAAGUCCCUCUCCAUUUGCUACCCUUUCCCCAUUCCCAUUGCUUUCCUUCCACCUCAAUAACACCUUGCUGAGAGGCGAAAAGACCCCAGUAUGUUCUUUAGGUGAAGCUCCCGUUCGCCCAGCAUCACAGGAGGCACCCAAUCCUCAGUCUUUCAGACACCUGUAACUUUCACCAUUAACUGUUUUCCUGUUUGUCAUGGUAAUAUUGCUCAAAUGUAUAACAUGAUUUUU